GUUGGGCAUAGAUAUAAAUGAUAUAUAAGUACAUACAUAUUUGGUUUUUUAUUUUGAACAAAAUUCACUUGCAUUUCGUUGCCAACAUGUGGCGUAUUUGCAAUUGUGUACAGCUGCAGCCAAUUCUGAACGGAUGCAAGCGUUGCCAGCUACCGGCAGAAGUAAACCGCAACAUUAGGGGUUCCCCGCGUUCGCAACCGCCGCGAUGCAUUGACUCAAAUAAGAAUCCAUCUGAAAAGGAGCCGUGUCGUGUUGGGGUGGCUGGCCGUGCCGUUCAGAAGAAUCCAGAAACAAAAUUUAAAAGUUGUUCUGCUUACUCCCGCCAGCAGAACUCCAAUUCCAGCCUAUGCGAUAGAAAUUCUAGCAGGAAACCAUCAGCCAAAAAGACAACUGAAAUCUAUGCCAGGCAAAGUCUACCAAUUGAGAAUAAAAAUGAAGUAUACUUCGAAUGGAAUGUACACUCAGCAGAAAAAACUGAAAGCUCUACAAAGCGGCACAUUUUUGCAGACAGAAAAGCUGAAGCCUACCCCAAACGUCAUAUGUCGCGCAAGCGAGCACCAAUUAAAUCAUCUUGGUAUGGUGGUUCUAAGAAGUUUCUAGAUCGCUUAAAGCAACUAUUGUAUGAACCAAACACUUCGGUAAAAAAAACACAGAGCGACAAAUUCUACGAUUGCGAGGAGCCAUCAUCUGCCAAAAGUGAGCUAUUUUCAAUACCGGACCGUGUCUCCAAGAAGACCGUAGAAAUAAAGCCAGAGCAGUUGACGAAAGAGAGUAAUAUAAUAGCAUGCAAUACAGAAAAAAUGAAGUGGCCAAAGGCAGAGAAGCGUAAAUCUUUAAAUAUUUAUUUCUCUUCGCAACAAGAACAAUUAAAAAAUGUUGCUGAAUCCAUAAUAGUGCCAAAUCCAACAGAAGACGUCAUACUGUUGGAUCAACGCCCCAGCAAUAUUCGGUCUACCGAUUUCACAGCCAAACAAAAACCUCAAAAAUCUGGAAAUACACGUUGCAUCAACUGCGAUGCGAAACCAAAGACCCAAAAAGCAGAUUCGCGUACAGAGAAAUUCUUUUGCAAAAAAUCUGAAAUCAAAAUGCAGGAGAAGAAACCGAAUACUCCAAAUGUUAUAUCAGUUUAUUCUGGAUCAAAGUCUGGUGUUUCAAAUCCUCUGUCAAAUUUUCAGGUUAGAAGUCAAAGGUCCCCUUCCCUUUCUCGCCAAAUUGUAGAUAAAGGAGCAACAGUCCGAAGUGCUCUUGGCAAAAAGUCCGGCCAGAAAGUGCCAUUUUCGUGCAGCCAAGCUAAAUCCAUAAAGGGCAAUCCAAAUAUGUACUCUUCAAACAAUAUUGAGGAGACGGACGAUCCAGUAGAAAAUUUUUGUGGGAAAGCAAACAUACUCUUCAAAAAAUUGAAGGCAAUUCCUUUUUCAAAUGUCGCUGUACCCAAAUCUAGUGAAAAAUCCUCGUCAGAUUACAUGUGUAGCCCACCCAAGAACUCGAAAGAUAAGUACCUGACCCAAACAUUUUGUAAGGACCUAUCGGCUUUUAAUAAGUCUGAAAAAGAAUCCACACUGGAUUUGCUUGAAGGUGACGUAAAUACGCUGUUCUCCAGGGUAAAACAGAGCUCGAGCGAUCUGUGGCGUAACCAGCCGCCUAGCAAGAAGUUCGAAGAGGCGCUCGAGAAUUUGCGGCAAUGGGAAAGUUAUAUCAUUUGCAGUAACCCAGUUGAGGCACAGUUUUCUGAACGCAAGGAGUUGGAACUAGAUAAGAUAGCGAAAUAUGUCAAUGAUAUGCAGAAGCGAAAUAACUUACGCAAUCAGAAAAGACACUUGUCGACCGAAAAUACGCCGAACAGCGUUCGUCUCGGCAAAAAAUCAAGCCAGACUUCUAUACUCAAAAAGGCACUCAACGCUAAAAUGAGUACUGUUGGACAAAAAUUUCCAAAUGCAGGUUUCGAUUUGAGCUCGACACAUAAAAGCAUAUUCUUAGAUCCUGUAAAGAGCACAAAGAGCGCGUACUCGAAGACACAAUUGCAUGACCUGCGCUAUCAGAAAGCCAGACGCAUUAAGGACAUGCAAACAAACGAGAAGAGAUUAUUGGAUCCGAAGGAUGCGAAUAUAAAUGCGCUUAGUAAAUCCUGGAUGGCGUACCAGCGAACGUUAGAUAAGUUGGACAGCUCGAGAUUGAAGGAGAAGCAAAGCAACAACUCAGAUGAACCAUUAAAAUUCCAAUCAAAAGUCGAAACGCUGCAGAAAGGAUGUAAUGCGAAGAACAUCGAUGACAUUAUCAGGCAAUGUGAGUUACUUAAAAGUACAUACUCAAUGCGUUUAGAAGACAAGCAUGCUCAGGGCCUACACCAGAAGCUUCAAAGCAACACUAGUAAAAUUCAAGCAGCUGGACCGAUACUUCCGAAAAAGUUCUUGGAAGCUAACGAAAAGCAGAAGAAUCAGUUCAUACUCGAGCAAAUAAAGAAAUUUCUAGACAAUGAUGUGAAUAAGCCCGAACUGCAAGGUAAAUGCCAUGCAUAUCAAUUAAACAGGCCGAAAAGGGAAGCACAUCCACAAAAAUGCAAGGAAUAUCCAAACUCCGAUCCGAAUAAAACCGAAAUGCCAAAUAAAUGCAAUGCAUGUCAAUUCAACAGGCUGCAAAAGGAAGCACAUCUACAAAAAUGCAAGGAAUUCCGAAACACCGAUCCAAACAAAACCGCAACGAAAAACAAAUGCAGGCCAAAAAAUGAAGCACACCUUCAGAAAUGCAAGGAAGCCGCAAAUAUGACCAAGCCCGAGGAAUGCGCGAAACCCUGCCAAACGGCAAGCAAAAACUCCGCAAAAGUGGACAGAAAAUGCAACCCUUCGGAAAUAAAAAUGAGUGAAAAUGAAAAAAUGUACUGGGAAACAGUUCAAUCGAAGCAUGGCCAUGUUAAGGAUGGUAAAGUGAACACCAAAAAAGUGGAAAAUGCUGGAAAAGCUCAAGAGGUUGAAAUAAAAAUGAAAUGCCAAGAAAGCGAAAGCCAUCACAGACAGAUCGAACAUCGGAAACCAAAUGCAAACGAUAUAAGACAGAAAACAGAAAUGAUUGACAAAAUCUACCAGGAAGCAAAAAAAAGAGUUGCCAUACUUGAGCAGCAGCUAAAGAAAUGUUUUCAGGAACAGGAGCUGAGAAAUUUGAAGAGCCAGGUUAAAGGCAAGAAUAUAGAUAAAACAGAUGAUGGUGGGCUAAAUAAAUAUAUAUUAUCUCCCUGGCAUAGGCAUAACGAUGGCAUAUUUGUAAUACCAACCGUUUUCCAAUGGGACACACUGGGCUGCCCUGUCCCAGCACUGCGUCGUGAUGGUAGAUGCCAACUGUUUGGUUCCCAGAAUCAAAAAGGUAUAAUCGAGGCUGGUGGAAUUCUUGAUGCUCUUGGUCUACCUUACGCUAGACGUUUAGAUAGUAAAUUCUAUUUGUUUGACCUUCAAAAUCGUUUGGCUCACGCUGAUAAUCUUAAACAAGUUCAAUUACCUACUAUACCAGACGAAGAUGAUUUAAAUGCAGAGCCAAAUGAGACCAGUGAACAUCCAGUUGAAUCGUUGAUAGUUCAGUGGGUGCGAAAAUUUGCCGAGCUACCGUUACAGUUGAGACCGGGAGCAAAUAUAUUGUUGCCCUUGCCCCACUCUAAGGGGGGUUACUUAAUUGGCGAAAGCGAUCCGCAUUCUCCAUUGAAGUGGCCCGACCUUAAAGUGGGUCAAGAGUAUGAAUAUGACGAUUCCGAUUCCUGACGAUUCUCCGAGUGCUGGCUCACUAAUCUCAACCACCAUCAGUCUGAGUUAAGUAUAUAAAUUAAAUAUGUGUGUACCAUUUCGAAGCAUAAACAUAGUUAACCAUGUACAACUUAUUAAAUCUGGUUAGAUUUGAAUAUAUCCUAAAAUGUUAUUUCGCAUAA